AUGGUUCUCAUCGAGAAGCGUGAGCUGCGAAAGGUGCUCCAUCCGCACUAUCUCACCAACAUCAUCUUGGCGCUCUCCUUUAUUCUCCUCAAGUCCAUUUCACCGAUAUGUGCGGUCACAUUUAUUCCGUACCUCAGCUCGGCUUGCAUGAUCACCAAGCUAGGCAACGUCAUUCUCUUUGCUGCUAGUGACCCUGUUUACUGUGUGAUUUACAUUGCUCUUUGUGUCUUACAACUGCUACUUCUUCCUGAACCCACAUAUUCGGGUCCCGAAGCUAUCGCCUACUACAAGGGAGCUGACCUCGAUGAGGAGAUUGCUCGUGAUAAGCGAGUCACCUGGCUAGUUGAGCUGUACACCGUUUGGAGCCCACCGUGCAUCGACUUUUCCUCCGUAUUUGCAGAGCUGUCUAACAAGUACAGUUUACCCAACCUUAAGUUUGCAAAAGUUGACCUUGCGCGAAACACCGACACUGCAACCAAGUACAAGAUCAACACUUCGACGCUCAGCAAACAGUUGCCCACUUUGAUUCUCUUUGAAAAUGGCCAGGAGUCUAUGCGACGGCCUAUCGUCAAUCACCAAGGCAAACUAGUCAAAUUCACCUUAUCCUACGACACUGUCGUCAGCGAGUUUGAUCUAAACAACGUUUAUGAAGAAUGCAAAAAGAAUCCAAUCAAAGACAAAAAGGAGAAGAAGGAAAAGACCACUUAA